AUGGCGGUGGGGGCCGGCGUCAACGGUGGUCGGGGCUCGGCGAGGCGACGUGACGCCUCAGGCAGGCGGCGACCACUGCAGGCGUCACUGUGCCGAGGUCGCCGCCGCCUGUACGGCGUCAACGGCGGCGGUGUGCGCGCGGCAGGCGGGCCGGUGCAGUGGCCCGACGCGUCGCGACUCGGCGAGCGCGUGCACGCGCGCGCGCGCACGUCCGGCCCGGGCGCGGGCACGCGGCCGGGGAGUGGCUCGGGUGCAGUAGGGCGCAGGCGAGCGGGUCCGGGCGGCGGUGUGCGCGGCGCGGCGGGCGCGGGCUGGGCACGGCCGGGGCGCGGGCUGGUGCGCGCCGAGCCGCUGCAGGGCGGCGCGUGCGCUGGGGGUUUGGGGAAGGCGCGCGCGCGGGGCGCCCGGUGGCAGGCCGAGCGGGGUAGGGGUGGCGUGCCCGGGGGAAGGCGCGCGUUGCGUGCGGCGGCGUGGCACGGUCGCGCGGCUGGCGUCGCGGCGUGCACGGCCCGACGCGCCGCGGCGCGGCUAGCGCGUCCACGCACGCGUGGGGAGGUGUGA